CGUCAGCUGACAUAUCUGAAAUAUGAAGUGGCUACGCUCGGAAGCGAUGGAGUAUGUAUCGCUGAUCAUCCACGAAGACGCGGCCCAUGACUGCGUCACGAUGCUUGGGGGCCUCGGUGUUGUCGAGUUCACGGACCUCAACCCGGAGCUCACGCCAUUUCACCGUCGGUACGUCUCGUUCGUCAAGCGCUGCGACGAGAUGGACUGCAAGCUUCGCUUCUUCGAGGGCGAGAUGACCAAGUUCAAGAUCACGGCCAAGAGCGCCGGCAGCGCCGACUCGUUCCUCGCUGACUCGGUGGACGUGCGCUACGGCAGCCAAGACCUCGAUGAGCUCGAGCGCAUCCUCGAAGACAAGGAGCACGAGCUCGUCCAGCUCAACUCGAUGCACGAGAAGCUCACGCGCGAGUACGACGAGCGCAAGGAGCUUCAGGAGAUCAUCUCGCGUGUCGGCGAGUUCUUUGAGGUUGAGAUCCCGGACGCGAGCAACAGCGUGAGCUUUGACGUUGACUCGCCGAUCGAAGCGUCCGAGACGGACUUGGCCAUUCGCUUCAAGAACAUCACGGGCGUCGUAUCGGCGAAUGAGCGCAUCAAGUUUGAGCGCAUGGUGUUCCGUGCGACGCGCGGCAACUGCUUCACGCGCUUCUCAGCCAUUGACGAGCUGCUCGUCGACCCGGGCACCGGCGUCGCGGUCGAGAAGCACGCGUUUGUGAUUUUUUUCCAGUCGCAGUUUAUCGAGACGAAGCUCCGCAAGAUCUGCGACGCGUUCCGCGCCAGCUUGUACACGCUGCCGUCGAUGGAUGACCGGACCGCGAUCGCCAACUUGAUCCAAAACAACAACGCAGAGCUCAACCAGACGUACUACCACUACGACGGCGUGCCCAACGGGACGGUCGACGUCGCCAACGGCCACAACGUCUAUGGGUUUGGUCUCGACCCGAUCUGGAAGACGUCGGAGAACGAGCUUCUCUUCUUCAACUCGUUCAAGAUGAAGCUCAGUGUCAUUCUCGGUAUCACGCAGAUGGGCUUUGGUAUCCUCAUCAAGGGCUGGAACGCGCUCUACUUCGAGGACUACCCGACGUUCUUCUUCGACUUCUUGCCGCAGCUCGUCUUUGCCGCGUCGCUCUUCUUCUACAUGGUCGUGCUCAUCGUCAUGAAGUGGAGCAUUGACUGGACCGAGCGCAUGAGCCACGAAGUGUGCCCGUUCAACUUUGAAGGCCCGGUCACUGGCUGCCGCCCGCCCGCGCUCAUCAACACGCUCAUUAACAUUGCGCUCCAGCCCGGUGUCGUCGCCGACCCCAUGUACGGAGGCCAGAAGAAGUUGCAGCAGACGCUGCUGGCGCUUGCGGGUUUCUCAGUGCCUGCGAUGCUGCUCUGCCACCCGCUCUACGUAAAGUUCAAGCACAACAGCUCUGUCGCGGGGGUGUCGCACCGUAUUAAAGUCUGUGACGUGGACAACGACAUGGACGACACGGCAAAUGCAUCAUUGGAGCGAAGCAGUGACUCGUUUGAUCUUGGCGAGGCUAUGAUUCACCAAAGCAUCGAGACAAUCGAGUUCGUGCUCAACAUGGUGUCCAACACAGCGUCGUACCUGCGUCUCUGGGCACUUUCUCUGGCGCACUCAGAGCUGUCAACUGUCUUCUUCGAAAAGGCGUUGCUGUCGACCAUACACAUGGACUCGUUCAUUGCGAUCUUCGUCGGCUUUGCGCUCUUUGCCGGCACGACGUUUGGCGUCAUUCUCUGCAUGGACGUACUCGAGUGCUUCCUCCACGCUCUCCGCUUGCACUGGGUCGAGUUCCAAGGCAAGUUUUACAAGGCCGAUGGCAUUGCUUUCAAUCCGUUGCGCCUCAAGGACUUGCGUUCGCCCAGCUCGAACGAUAGCCUCUAGCGAUUAGCAAGGCUAUCAACGUGUCAAUCGAAAUCAAACACUGAAUCAUGCCCAGCUGCCA